CUAAGAACUUCAUUUCCCAGGAGGCAUUGCAAACUGUCAUAGACCCAUAGCCUCUCCAGGCCAGACAUUCAGUGUAAGGGGAGACGCAAGGAAACAUAGACCAUUUCGUCUCUUUUAUUUAACAACUAUUCAACUCAUAAGAGGUGUAGUCGAAACUCGAACAGAGAUCGGAUAGGAAAACCCUAAAUCCCCCGCCCCGCCACCCUUGCAAUAGAUAUGAGCGGCAGCGGGAGGCCCAGGACAAGCUCUUUUGCUGAGCCUCAAGGCGCUCCCGGAGCCGCUUCAUCAUCCGCUGGAUCAGCCGCUGUCGUGGGGAGCAACACAGGAAAGUCCGGGGUCUCGCAGGCCUCGGGGACAUCUUCGUCUGGGAGCGGAAAUUUAAAGCUGGCCAGGGACAGUGGAAAGGUGACGACGGUGGUGGCCACCCCUGGGCAAGGCCCAGACCGCCCUCAGGAAGUGUCCUACACAGACAUUAAGGUAAUUGGUAAUGGCUCCUUUGGAGUGGUGUACCAGGCGCGCCUCGUCGACAGCCAGGAGUUGGUGGCCAUCAAAAAGGUGCUGCAGGACAAACGCUUUAAGAAUCGGGAGCUUCAGAUCAUGAGGAAGCUGGACCACUGCAACAUAGUGAGGCUACGCUACUUCUUCUACUCGAGUGGGGAGAAGAAGGAUGAGGUCUAUCUGAACCUGGUGCUGGACUAUGUGCCAGAGACGGUCUACAGAGUGGCCCGACACUUCAACAAAGCCAAGACCAUCAUUCCCAUAAUCUACGUCAAGGUGUAUAUGUAUCAGCUGUUCCGCAGUUUGGCGUACAUCCAUUCCCAGGGCGUGUGUCACAGAGACAUCAAGCCCCAGAACCUGCUGGUGGACCCUGAGACGGCUGUCCUCAAGUUGUGUGAUUUCGGGAGUGCCAAGCAGCUGAUCCGAGGCGAGCCCAACGUCUCGUACAUCUGCUCGCGGUACUACCGCGCCCCCGAGCUCAUCUUCGGCGCCACCGACUACACGUCUAACAUCGACAUCUGGUCGGCGGGCUGUGUGCUGGCGGAGCUGCUCCUGGGCCAGCCCAUCUUCCCCGGGGAUAGCGGCGUGGACCAGCUGGUGGAGAUCAUCAAGGUGCUCGGGACCCCGACAAGGGAACAGAUAAGGGAGAUGAACCCCAACUACACAGAGUUCAAAUUUCCCCAGAUAAAAGCACACCCCUGGACAAAGGUCUUUAAGCCACGUACUCCGCCCGAGGCCAUCUCCCUGUGCAGCCGUCUGUUGGAGUACACGCCCAUGACGCGCCUCUCGCCGCUGGAGGCCUGUGCCCACGCCUUCUUCGACGAGCUGCGCCAGCCGGGAGCCGGCCUGCCCAACGGCCGCGCGCUCCCCCACCUCUUCAACUUCACCACAACUGAGCUCUCCAUCCAGCCACAGCUGAACUCCACCCUUAUUCCACCUCACUUUCGUGCACAGACCUCUGCCAGCUCACACGAUGGCCCUGGAUCCGAUGGUUCUGCACAGCCUGGUUCAGCCCUCAAUAACAGCACCUGAACAAUCACUAUUCAUUAAACAUACAUUCAGACACACACACAUAUGCACUUACACACACAUUCACACAUGCAAUAGCACGUGAACCAACACCUCAUCAUGCGUAACUGACCCUAAGCACACACAUACACGCUAGAAAACUGAACCUAAACCAUUACCUCAACCUUACUGAAAAACACAGUACACAGUACACACUCACACACGUAACACCCCCCCCCCCCCCCCCCCCAACACACACACACACACCUACACACAGACAACAUGCACAAACUUUGCUCCUGAUUCUUCAUCAUUUUGAUUUGUUACAAAUAGACACACACACACACACACACACUCCCCCUGUAAUGUGCUCAGAUGUACAUAAAGAGUUCUACAUUUCAGUCCUGCUGCACGGACAGUUCUCAUCCUGAGGUUCAAAUCAGCGAAAGAGCAAGGGACAAACCAGAGAGCAGAAACUCACCCAGUCAUUGUAAGCUACCUAUAAAUCUCGCUCAAACACAAACACACACACACACGGGUCUGCAAUCCUUACACGCAUACACACUUACCCACACAGCCAUCCUCUUCCCUGCACACACACA